AUGAGUGAGGAAGGUGGUGAUGAGUCGCCGGCUUGGCUGAAACGAAAGAUUAAGCAAGUCGUGGUGCUCUCGGCAACAUCAGAUUCUGAUAGCGACGAGAGCGUUGGCGUGGCGGGGACACGUAGAAAAAGAUUGAGGGUCAUCAGCGAUGAGGAGGCAAGUGAUAGCAGCGGAAGCUCCGUCGUUUGCGCGGGCAGUCGGCGGAGGCGCAUACUUCCGAAGCUACGAGACUCGGACGCUGAAAGUGAUAGCUCCGAUUGGACAACAGAUCGUUCACCUCCCGGAAAAGACAAUGUUGCCACAAAUAAAACAAACUCCGGUUUCGCAUCCGAUAGCUCAGAAGGAAAUUCUGACAAGUGUUCAAUCUGUUUAAUGCGCUUUACAAAUCAAGAGAUUGGCACUCCAGAGAUCUGUGAACACAUUUUCUGUUUGGAUUGUAUCACAGAAUGGUCCAAAAACGUAAACACCUGUCCUGUAGAUAGGCUAACAUUUAAUUCUAUAAUAGUGCGAACAUGUAUCGGAGGGAGGGUACUGCGAACUGAGGCGGUCCGGACAGUGCAACGGAGCUCCUCUGUUGAAGCACUUGUUGUGGAAGACCCUACUAUAUGUGAAAUUUGUAGAAGCAUGGAGAGUGAGGAGACAAUGCUGCUGUGUGAUGGCUGUGAUCUUGGCUUCCAUAUGCACUGUUUAAAUCCCCCUCUGUCAGAGGUGCCAGCAGAUCAAUGGCUGUGUCCAAACUGUUUUGUUGAUAUUGAUAAUGACCAGGAGUUGAUGGAUGCAAUCAACUUGUCUGAAGUGGAAGACUUGUUUGAUGGUAUUAUUGAGUUCGACCUGCCGGUGGGGCCGAGGCCUACACCCUUGAGGCAGCCAAGAAAUGUGAGAAGGUCAGCAAGGAAUGUAAGAUCAGUCGAAGAACCUUCAACUUCCAGUAGCAACCACACUAACAAUGGAAAUGAACAGCCAACAACCUCACAGGGGACCAGAAGUACACUGAGAACAACAUCUCGGUCCAUCAACAGAAGACGAACGACGACCCGCAGACGGAAAUACAAAAGAAGACGAACCAAAACUGUCAUUAUAGAGUAUGAAGUACAGGAAAAUGGUAAAUUCCCCAUCACAAGAAAAAUCAAAAGGAGGGUUAAAAAGAGAAGGGUAAAAAAACGUCAACCUCGAACUGCGGCUCGAAGGUCUUAUGUUCGUGCGAGCGUCCAGGCCAAGCUCGCGUCACAGCGAAGUCAGAGACAGGAAGUGUCGGCGGUGACACGCACAGGCCGCGGGGUCAAGGACCUCACAGUCAAUAGGCACAGAGCCAGUAUACCGUCGCUGAGUCUCUUGGGCAAUCCCAAUGAACUCGAAUAUUUCUCUGAUGAGGACAAUACCGUCUCGGAGGACGCCUCCACCGCCGUCGCAGUGAGACCCUCCUCCAAUAUCUUCAGUGCUUACAGACAGGCGAGAAGGAAAAUCGUUUCGGUUCCGUCUCCCCCGCACGCCUCCUCGGCGCCGGACCUUCUGUCUAACAUUUUGGAGAGUCAGACUUUAUUGCAUUCGAAGAAUUCUUUAGUUUCGAUAACAGUAGACGGGAACAUCAAUAUAAAGCUGCAGACGCAGAAACAGAACCAGCAGAAGAAGACCGUCACAGAAACGAAAGAAGACGAGAAAGUGGAUUUGUCCAAGGCCAAAGAAGCUGUGAAAUGUGCGCCAUCCUACCCGGGGCAAGGUCGCGGCGGCGGAGGCUGGGGCGGGGGGUACCGGGGCGGCUACGGGAGAGAUCAGCAUCACGCCAACGGAGGGUUCAACCGCGGAGGGUACGACUCCGGCUACGGAGCCGGCUACCAAGGUCGGCCCGCGGGAUACGGCGGCUACCAGAACAGCGGCAUGCGGCGAGACGACCCGGACUACUAUGACCCCUUCCCCCGCAGGCCGCAACAAUUCACCAAUGCCGAUGAUUCCUACUACGACCGAUCUCGUAGGCUGGGGAUGGACAACGGACGAGGCGGCUUUGUGAACCAUCAUCGAAAUGACGGCGGCCGAUACAGUGGCGCUCCCGGCUGGCCCUCCGCGGGCGCCCCGGCCGGGCCCUCCGCCGCCGGCCCGCCGCCGCACGCUAGACACUCGUUCGGAGGUUUUGAAAAUCCUGUCGACAUGAGGAUGACCGACAGACAGAUGCCGCAGUCGAAUCCUACCGUCGAUAUGUUUUCUGGCAUCGUUCCGCACCAGGACAAACCUCAACCGCCCCCCUACCGACCGCAGACGGACCCGUCCGCUUUUCGCCCUUCUCCGGAGCCGCAUCCCUAUCAAUCACCGUCACAGCAACAGAGUUUCGUUUAUCCGAAAGCAUCGGAAGUGGAGAAAUCAGAGGACGAGAGAAGCGAUCCCGGCCUGAUCAUCGACACUGAGAAGUACGACCCCACCGAACCCACACACGACGAGGACAGCGGGGAGGAAGACAAGACGGCACCCGCUCCACCUGCCCCGCCCUCGCCUCAGCACAACUCUUACGAGCCAGAGUCGACGGCCGAUGAGAGUGUGCAGAACAUACUGGCCGGCAUCGACGCAGGCACCAUGAAUGUGCCGCCGAGCGUCCUGGACAGCGCGGUCCGCCAGGUGCUCAAGGAACACCGGAACCUCAUCUCGUCUCCUGGAAUGAAGACAAACCGAGACGGAAGCGAGGACGAGUCGGAUGGCGACUGUCCCAAUUUUUCAAUUUAUUCAGCCGCAAGUGUUCACAUAGCGAACUACGUCAACGACCUUCCCGACGAGCCGCCGGCGGAGCCCCGGCCGACAGAGGGUCUCGAAGACCUCGUGCAGGAGGACGACGACACGCCGCCCGACACCUCGCCCGUUGAGACCAAGGAGGCUGAAGACAAGAAAAUAGAGGUGUCUCGGCCACAUGCCAGCAAGCCGCUUUAUGGUAUCACUGAAUCCAAUGAAAAGAGGAAGUCCGAAGAAGAAUAUAAAGAAAAAGUAUCCAAACGAUGUCCGAUCACUACAAAUACUAGAAAUCCUAUAAAAAUAAAACUUAAUACGCCAUCCUUGAUAAAGAGACAGGUGAGCUUAUAUGACGAAGAAGACACGAGCAUGGAUGCCGGUCUGGAAGAGAAGUUAGACGUGAACCCUAAAAUUAAUGAAAACAAAUUAAAUGCAAAACAUGAUAGUCCUAAGAAAGAGCAUCUCGAUACAGCAGCUGCGAGGAAUAAAGAAGCUGCAUUGAACGAAGAUGACUCACAACCAAGUGGACGAGUCCAAGAACUAAAGCAGAGUUCUAAACGUAAAAGUUUCGAAGAAACUAUUAGUACGCCUUCAAAAGAGAUUAAAGAGAACGACGGAUCACGGAAUACAAACAAAGAAAGAAAACAGAGCCCUUCGAAAAGUAGCAAGGAGAGCAAUGAUAAUAAUAUUGAUGAGGUCACAAAAAAUUGUGAGGAUACUUCAGGUAGCGACAUAAAGAGAGACUAUAGAGUUGAACAUUUGGCAGACAUAGAUCCUGACAAAGACACUAGAAUAAGUAAUGAAAACGAUCAUAAAGUUGACGACAAUGUGGAAAAAAUGACUGAGUCUAUAAGCGAGACGGAGGACGAACGCAGCUACACACCAUGUCUAGAUGAAAAUAAAUCUAACAAAGACGCCUCUUUCGACAACGAGAGAGACAAGGGACUAGAGGGACUCGAUACCGAAAUGAUAUCGGAAGACGAGGGCAACGAGAUGUUCUCGGAGAACGAACGAGCGCCCUCCAACGGAUCAAGAGCCUCGCCUGUUAGGCUGAGGGUUGAGGAGGGGCAGGUACACGAAAAGAAAGAGGUCAUCAAGAAGAUCACUGCGCGCGAUGAAAACGUCAAGAAGAAGAAGAAGAAGGACUCAAAGAAAGAAAAUAAAGAAAAGGACAAAGGAAAAAACAAAAAGAAAACAGAAAUAACAUUCAAGAAACUUAGUAAAAGUGGCAAAGAGAGAAAUUACAGAGAGAGAGAUAGAGAUAAAGGAGAAAAGAAGUCGGGAAGAGAUCGGCGGGACUCCGGAGACAACGACGUGCGACAACGACGGCGGAAGGAGAAACGGAAAGACUUGCAGAGAUACGACGUGCGCUCGCUCGUUACUGAGAAGAGACGGAAGCUCAAGGAUCCUUUCGGACGAGAUGUGUCGCCGAGGGAGCGCUCGCCCUCGCUGUCUCCGCCGGAGCGGUCGCCUUCACCCCCCGGCCGAAGAGAUCCAUCUCCUCGACGCACACCCACACGUCUUCGUCGAGAUCCCUCACCCAUCCCCGCCUCACGCUCGCGUCGCUCACCCUCGAGAAUUCGGCGUUCUCACUCCCGAAUCCGCAGAUCAUCGUCCAAAACUCGUCGAUCGCAUUCGCGUCCUCGUAGAUCAUUCUCCAGGGGUCGAAAGUCACCUUCGAGACCCCGGGCUUCACCUUUGCGGUUGAAGCGCUCCGUGUCCAGAGGACGACGUUCGCCGAGCGCAGCACGCCAGGCGACCUCGAGAAGUCGGAGAUCACCUAACCUCCGAAAGUCCCCUUCGCGACGCAAUAGCGUCCGCGGACGUACCGCUUCCCGUGGACGAACGUCCCCAGGCCGUGGUCGCCGCUCUGUCGCCCGACGCUCCCCCAGCCCACGUGUCGGUUCCCGCCGCAGCCCCGCGCGCAGCCCCAUGCGUCGCAAGCGACGACGAUCUAGCUCCCGACCGGCCCGCCGACGGUCCGCAACCGGGAGUCCGCCCCGACGUACCCUCAAAAAGAAGAAGCGAGAAAGAUCGACUCGUCGCGUCCCGGCGGCCGCUUCCCCUGAGCGAAAACGACGACGCAGCGAGAGCGCUCGGCCGGCGCCGGCGCCUCCAUCCCCGGCGUCCCGCCCACCCUCUCCUCGCACGCCUUCGCCAGAACCCGCGCCGUCGCCUCUCGCGCUCGAAGAAGUCCCGGAACGUCUUGAACGAAGACGUCGAGACCCGGAGAGACACCGCAGGAGACUCCGGGACGCGCCCGGACCUUCCAAGGAAGUGUUCACAUCCGGCGACAACAUCCUUGUGAGCGUCAGUUUUAAAGAGCAGGAACGCGGCGAAGAGAGCGAGCGGCGAAGGCGGAGAGAGACGCGGCGUGAGAGGAGGCGGCGAAGACGAGCGGCCGUCCCGCUCGAGGUGGAGGUAGCCAAGCCCGUGGCUAUCAUAGACCUCGACCGCUCGCCUUUCCGGGAACUGACUCCAUCGCCAAAGAACGUGAUCGUCCUGAGCGACAGCGACCACGGCGAGCGAGAGGUGGGGGAGGAAAAGGCACCAGUGGCGGAGGUUCCCGCCGAGGCGCCCACACUCGGUCCCAAGACGCCGCCAGAGCCCCUCGCACCCGAGCCCGCCGCCGCCGCUCCUCCCGAACGCGAGCACACGCCGCCCGAAGAAGAGCCCCACUCGCCGGACGCGUACGAUCCCUUCGAGCCGACGCGCUCGGCCUCCGCUUCCCCGCCGGCGGCGGCGGCGGUGGCACCCCCGUCUCCUCCCCGAGCACUCAUCACGCUGGAGGCCGCGCAGCGUAGUAACCUGUCUGCGGACGAAGUGAUCGAUCGCCGCCCACUGUCGCCGGUCGAGAAGGUUAUGGCGCUGUUGCAAUCGACUCGUGAUGAGAGCCCGGAGCCUCCGCCGGGUGUUCCGGAACAGCCACCCGCGCCCCGCAUCGUGCUUCCGUCACCGACGCGGGUUCCUCCCAAGCUGUUCCCGGGCAAGCCGUCCCCGAUCAAAUCGAACCCGGUGAAGCCGAUGCAGGUGUCUCGUCUGCCGCGCCCCCCUCCCCCCGCCCUGCUGCCCGACGCGGGCUCGUCCCCGUACUCGCCGGGAUCCAGCGACUUCGGUGAGCUGUUCGAGCCACCGGCUCGUCGCCCGCGCGCCGCUCCCAGACACGAGCGGAAGAGAGGAAAAACGCAAGUCGACGUAAGAAUAGACGACGACAACCUCAUGAUCCUGGACGAACUGCCGAGCUCUGCCGUCGCGAUGCAAGUCAAGAGCAAAUACCUGAAGAAGUUAAACCGUCAGGAGCGCGUGGUCGAGGAAGUGAAGCUGGUGCUGAAGCCGCACUACAACAAGAAGAGAGUCACCAAGGAGGAGUACAAGGACAUCCUCCGGCGCGCCGUGCCCAAGAUCUGCCACAACAAGUCCGGCGAGAUCAACCCCACCAAGAUCCAGGCGCUGGUGGAGGCCUACGUCAAGAAGUUCAGAAAAAAACACAAAAUGGGAAUCGUCUAGUGAUGUGAUACUUAUAGUGUAGUGCAGAUGAUCUAUCAGAUUAUUGUAAUUAUAAUUUAUGUACGGACAUUUAUUUUACUUAACGUUUUAUUUAAAUAUUAUAGAUUUAAAUAAACAAUCAACAUUGA